CGACAGCGGUGGCGGCCGGGGUGGACAGGGACUGGCUGCAGCGGUUAUGGCGCUGGAUUGCGACCCAUGGGUCGUUCUCCAGCUUUCUGGGCCUGCCGCUCCUUCCCAUCUUGGGCGGCCGCCUGGCGCCCCUGGCAGACCACUCCACCUCCAUCGCCAUCCUACCGCCUCCGGAGACCUUGCGGACCCCAUCCUCCUCCUCAUCUUCCUCAUCUUCCUCGUCCUCCGCUGCAGCAGCAGCAGCUGUAGCUGCUGCCCUGACAGCAACACUAUCCUUACCUCCCUCCUCAACAACAGCAACCACGCCCCAACCAGCAUCUCAGCUGCUAUCGCAGCUGCUGACUCAGCUCGGAUUGCAGAUUGUGGAUCUGUCCACAUUCCCGCACCUGCCGGUCUCGGAGCUGGUUCGUUCCGGUCAUGUGCACCGCUGUGACGGUCCUGGAAUCCUGGCUGCGUUGCAAAGGCUGUCUGCAGCUACCUAUCAUCCCUCCGGCAGCAGCCGUGCAGCAGCAGCAGCAGCAGCAGCGGGUGCGGGUGCGGGUGCGGGUGCGGGUGCUGCCCCUGCCCUCGCUGAUAACCCUGGGCACGCCGCAGCAGCAGGCGAGGGUAGCGCUAGCAGCCGAGGACGUCCGGUCCUCUCUUUGGGGCUCUCGGCACGCUUGCAUGCGCUCACAGCAUCCGACAAACGCCUUCUCAGGGCGAUGUUAUUAACGGAGGAGUGUUUGGCGGUGCUGGCGGGAGGAGGAGCAGCAGCACAAGGCGUCAAGCCGGCCCCCGGCGGUGAUGGUGGUGUAAGCGGUGGCCCUCACGCGCAUGCAUCGCAUCGGCCGCCGUCGCUGCUCGCCCCAGCGGAGGCGCGUGGGCUGCUACAGCUGCUAGCGGCGCUGCCAAUCUACGAGUCCGCACCAAGAGGAAGAGGAGGGGUUGGAGGUGGAGGAGCAGCCAGUCGCAGCGGCGGCGUGAGCGAAGGCGGAGAGCAGCAGCGGUCAGAGCCUCAGUUCGUCUCGCUGCCGUCUCCACUGGGAGGUGGAGGUGGAGGUGGCGGGACGUGUUUCCUGGCGCCGGCGGGGGUGGACGUGCGGGUGCUGGGGGCGGUGUCAGGCGGGUUCCUGCUGGCGGGUACGGAGGCGGAGGGACGGCUGAUGGUGUCGUACCUGGGUGUACGGCAGCUGACGGCGGCGGAGGCGUACAGGUACCAUGUGCUGCCGGCGCUGUCCUCCCUUCCCCCUGAGCUCCGCAACUCCGCGGUGCUGGGGGUGCUGCGCAGCCUGCCGCAGCUGGGCCGCCAGGAUCGGGGGUUUGAGCCCUGGCUCGGGCAGCAGGCCUUCGUGCCCAACAACAAGGGCGAGCUUCACUCCCCAGCAGAGCUCUACGACCCGCGCAUCCCCGAGCUGGCCGCGCUGCUGGACCCGGACACCGACUUUCCCGCCACGUCAGUGCUCCUAGAGGCCGCGGGCGCCGGGGGUGCGGUAACCGCCACCACCGCCACCACCACCGCUGCCACUGCUGCCACUGCUGCCACUGCUGCCACUGCUGCCACUGCUAGCGCUAGCGCUGCUACCGCUGCAUCGGCAGCGCCAAGCCUCGAGCAGCAAGAAGAACGGCAACGUGAAGACGGAAGCCGGAGGAGAAGGAGUAGCAGUAGCAGCGACAGCAGUGGGGGCGGGAGUACGGCGGCUGCGGGCGCCUCCGGUGGCGGCAGCGGUGGCAGCGGUGGCGAUGUGGGCGACGCCUCGUUGUUGCUCUACAUGUUGGAGCGGUUGGGGCUGAGGAAGGUGGCUACGAUGGAUACGUUGCUGAGGGCGGCGAGGUUCGUGGAGAGGACGGCGGAUGCGGCAGCUGCUGCAGCUGCGGUGGUGACGGCGGG